AAGGCUACUUUGCUGGAGUCUCAUCCUUCCGAGGAGGGUCAGCCUGGAGCAUGCAGCAGGACGGUGAGGAGCCUGGGGGAAGUGGGAAGACACGGAGGACGACAGAGACAGGGGAAGACCUCAGGGCUUUGCUUCCAUCAACUGUUUCAUCUGCCAUUGGCCAAUGUUCUGGAGAAGUUUUUUCCAGCCCCUCACUUCCUGCCCUGUCCUGCUUCCCUUAGAUCAGGAGAGUCAGAGGUUAUGGGCAAGGAACAAAGACUCACCCAUGAGCCAGCUCUCAAAGAAAGUGGCUUGCGUUGACAGCCUGGGGGCAGCAAGGAUGCAGUCUCCCAGGAGAGGAUGCACUCAGCGUUGGGAAGCCAGGCUGGAGGGGCCUGAGUGACCCUCUCCGCAUGUGGGCAGGGCAGUGGGAGGUGGUGUGUGGAUACCUCUCUCUCACGCCCAGGGAUCAGCAGCAUGAACCAGCUUGGGGGGCUCUUUGUGAAUGGCCGGCCCCUGCCUCUGGAUACCCGGCAGCAGAUUGUGCGGCUAGCAGUCCGUGGAAUGCGGCCCUGUGACAUCUCACGGAGCCUUAAGGUAUCUAACGGCUGUGUGAGCAAGAUCCUAGGGCGUUAUUACCGCACGGGUGUCUUGGAGCCCAAGGGCAUUGGGGGAAGCAAGCCACGGCUGGCUACACCCCCUGUGGUGGCUCGAAUUGCCCAGCUGAAGGGUGAGUGUCCAGCUCUUUUUGCCUGGGAAAUCCAACGCCAGCUUUGUGCUGAAGGGCUUUGCACCCAGGACAAGACUCCCAGCGUCUCCUCCAUCAACCGAGUCCUGCGGGCGCUACAGGAGGACCAGGGACUACCGUGGACACAGCUCAGGUCACCAGCUGUUUUGGCUCCAGCUCUCCUCACUCCCCACAGUGGCUCUGAGACUCCCCGGGGUCCCCACCCAGGGACCGGCCACCGGAAUCGGACUAUCUUCUCCCCAAGCCAAGCAGAGGCACUGGAGAAAGAGUUCCAGCGUGGGCAGUAUCCUGAUUCAGUGGCCCGUGGAAAGCUGGCUGCUGCCACCUCUCUGCCUGAGGACACUGUGAGGGUCUGGUUUUCCAACAGAAGAGCCAAAUGGCGCCGGCAAGAGAAGCUCAAGUGGGAAAUGCAGCUGCCAGGUGCUUCCCAGGGGCUGACUGUACCAAGAGUUGCCCCAGGAAUCAUCUCUGCACAGCAGUCCCCUGGCAGUGUGCCCACAGCAGUCCUGCCUGCCCUAGAACCGCUGGGUCCUUCCUGCUAUCAGCUGUGCUGGGCAACAGCACCAGACAGGUGUCUGAGUGACACCCCACCUAAAGCCUGUCUCAAGCCCUGCUGGGGCCACUUGCCCCCACAGCCGAAUUCCCUGGACUCAGGACUGCUUUGCCUUCCUUGCCCUUCCUCCCACUGUCCCCUGGCCAGUCUUAGUGGCUGUGAGGCCCUGCUCUGGCCUGGCUGCCCACUACUGUAUGGCUUGGAAUGAGGCAGGAAUGGGAAGGAGAUGGCAUAGGGAGGAUCUAAUACCAUCCUGCCCAUUGUCCUUACCAUCUUGCCCAUAUAGACUGUGGCUCCUUCCUCUUUCCUGUGAUUGCUCCCUCCUGUGUGGACCUUGCCUGGCCCUGCCUCGA